CCGGCUGCCUGGCUCUUAACCCGCGCGCGGGGGCGCCCGGGCCACUGGGCUCCGCGGAGCAAGCGAGCGGUCAGCGCGGAGCCGGAGACCGGGUUGCGCGCGUCCCGUCCCGAGGCCGACGCCAGCACGCCGGCAUGGCCCCAGCCUCGGCGUCGGGUGGCAGCACCCUGCCCAGCGGCUUCGCGGUCCUCACUACCUUCCCCGACCUGCUCUUCAUCUUCGAGUUUGUCUUCGGGGGCCUGGUAUGGAUCCUCAUCGCCUCCUCCCUGGUGCCCAUCCCCCUGGUCCAGGGCUGGGUGAUGUUUGUGUCCGUGUUCUGCUUCGUGGGCACCACUGCACUGCUCAUCCUGUACAUGAUUGGCGCCCACAGCGGGGAGACUUCCUGGGUCACCCUGGAUGCAGCCUACCAGUCUGUUGCCUCUCUGUUUUACCUCAGUGCCUCAGUUCUGGAAGCCCUCGCCACCAUCCUGAUGCAAGACGGCUAUACCAGUAAACAUUACCACGAAAACAUCUCUGCUGUGGUGUUUUCCUACGUAGCCACUCUGCUGUACGUGACGCACGCAGUAUUUUCUUUAAUCAGAUGGAAGUCUUCGUAAAGCAGCAGCAGAACUCUAGCUGAAAAUCCAGACGGUGAUCGGCCGGCCUUCCAGCAUAACUUUCUAGAACGAUGAUGGGAAAAA